CAUAAUUUGACCAUAAUGGCUGCAAGUGCUGUCCGGAGCUUAUACUAAACUUAACUUGAAUCAAAUCCAUGUCACAUCGCCUCGACGAUCCUUGAGUCGAUUUCUUGCCUAUGGCAGGUACAGAAAAGGCCUCUCGCAAAGCAAGGGCCUACCGAACGCCUACCUGCGGGCAUUCCCCAUACCGUUCAACUAAUUUACGCACAGCAUGACGCUUCAAGCUGAAAGGCUCUCUUCUGCCACACCUCUGCCCACAGAAACUCGAGAGAAAAUAGAUAUUCACAUGCACGGACAUCGUGUUAGAGCAUCUAAGCGCGGCCUAAAGAGUCGGGGUAUCAAAAUGUGUGCUGCACAUAGCGAUUUGAAGACGGCGAGAGACACUGCACAUGUCUGACUACAUACGACAAAGUAUGACAUAAAUAGAAAAGAGGAUCCGCGCGUAGUACAUACAGUAUGAGCGGCAUUUGACGGCGAGAAUUGUACCGAUCUUCCAAAAACCAAUAAAUACGGAACGAGGAUGCCU